UUUUCUUCAUUCUGUGUGCGUCCCAAGUAUGAAAGAGAGCAUUCCAGGUUCUCCAAUGGUGUCAAGGCAUUCAUCCCCCUCUCUCUCCUCUUUCUUUUUCCAAAUCCAAACCUCCCUCUAGCCUUAAACCCCUUGAAUGGAAUCCAUUAUAAUCAGCUUCUCAGCCAUUCUCUCUUGGAUUCCACCACACGAUGAGCCCAACUCCCCAAAUCAACCAAAACCCAUUUCAGAUCCCCUCUUUGAUUUCUAUAAUUUCUCAUAGAUUUGGUGUUUAAUUUGCCAAAUCCCAACUACCCAACUCAAAAUCCCUUAUUUAAUCGCACUCCCAAGUUACUAUUUUGCAUCAAUGGAGGAAAGGACGGUGCUUUUCGGGAAGUACGAGGUGGGGAAGCUGCUGGGCAAGGGGACCUUCGCGAAGGUCUACCAUGGCAGACAAAUCGCGACGAACGAGAGCGUGGCGAUUAAGGUGAUCAGCAAGGACCAGGUGAAGAAGGAAGGGAUGAUGGAGCAGAUCAAGCGGGAAAUCGAAGUGAUGCGUUUAGUCCGCCACCCGAACAUUGUGGAGCUGAAAGAAGUCAUGGCGACCAAGACCAAGAUCUUCGUCGUCAUGGAGUACGUCAAGGGUGGCGAGCUCUUCACCAAGGUGGCGAAGGGGAAGCUGAAGGAGGAUCAGGCACGGAAGUACUUCCAGCAGCUAAUCUCCGCCAUCGAUUUCUGCCACAGCAGGGGCGUUUCCCACCGCGAUUUGAAGCCGGAGAAUCUGUUGAUCGACGAAAACGAGGAUUUGAAGAUUUCAGACUUCGGACUCUCCUCCCUGCCGGAGCAGCUCCGGAACGACGGGCUACUGCACACCCAGUGUGGGACCCCUGCUUACGUGGCGCCGGAGGUGCUGAGGAAAAAGGGGUACGACGGAUCUAAGGCGGAUCUCUGGUCGUGCGGAGUUGUGCUGUUCGUUUUGCUCGCUGGAUUUCUGCCGUUUCAGGACGAGAAUCUGAUGAGGAUGUACAGGAAGAUUUUCAAGGCGGAGUUCGAAUGUCCGCCGUGGUUUUCGACGGAGGCGAAGCGGUUGAUCUCGAAGCUGUUGGUUUCCGACCCGGAGAAGCGAAUCACCAUUCCGGCGAUCAUGCGCGUGCCGUGGUUUCGCAAGGGGAUGAAGAAACCGGAGGAGUUUUUGGGACACCCGGAAGGUGUUUGCGAAAAGUCCGAAGAGACCGAUGCUCAAAGCGACGUACAAAACGAAAGCAAUAAGUCGUCCUCGCCGAAGUUCUUCAAUGCGUUUGAGUUUAUUUCGUCGAUGUCGUCCGGGUUCGACUUGUCGAAUUUGUUCGAGACGAAGCGGAAGGCGGGGUCGAUGUUCACGUCCAAGUGCUCGGCCGCGGCAAUCAUGACGAAGAUUGAGGUGGCGGCGAAGGGGCUGAGCUUUAAAGUGAGGAAAGUGAAGGACUUCAAAGUAAGGAUGCAAGGGCCAAAUGAAGGGCGAAAAGGGCGGCUUUCGGUAACCGCGGAGGUGUUCACGGUGGCACCGGAGGUGGCGGUGGUGGAGUUUAUAAAGUCGUCCGGGGAUACCUUGGAGUAUGCCAAGUUUUGUGAGGAAGAUGUUAGGCCAGCAUUGAAAGACAUUGUAUGGACAUGGCAAGGUGACGGUGACGGGAAAGUCGACUGCGAUCAACUUCAACAGUGAUGAAACAAAGAUUAAUGAUGUUAAAAGUGAAUUAAUAGUAACAAUCUUGGAAAUUCUGACCCUAAUUUUGGGGUUUUUGGUUUUCACUUUUGUAGUUGGUUUUUUGUUUUUUUGUUUCUUUUGUUUUGGAUUGCUUUUGGUUUUUAGUAAAGAAUAGGAGGAUUAAUUUGUGAUUAGAAUGCUAAUUAGUAUUAUGGGUUUGAAACUUUGAAAACACAGAUAGGAAUAGGAUGAGCAAGUUUAUACAAGCAAGCAAUGAACCAGCUGGUUUUGUUGGCUGUUUUUCCUUUGACGCA